AUGAGCAACCCAGAGCAAAACAAACAACAGCAGCAGGGCGGCGGUUUGCUCGGCGGUCUCAUGGGCGGCGUCGACAACGUCCUGACUGGUGGCCAACAAGCCCAGGGACAAGGCGGACUGCUUGGAGGCCUUGGCGGCACCGUGGGCAAGACCACCGAAGGUCUUGGUAACACCUUGAAUCAAACUGGCCAAGGUGUCGGCAAUCUGGCCAAGGGAGUCACAGAUGGCGCGGGAAACACGGUUGGAGGUGCGACCGACUCGCUAGGAAACACAGUAAAGGGUGUCGCCGGAGGGGAACGGAAGCCGCAGCAAGGCUAA